AUGUCUGACCACGACAGUCCUCCAGACGACUCGACAGCACCAGUGUCUGCUCCUGUAGCGAAGGGAUCCCCAAACGACUUUUUGAAAGCAGUCGUGGGCAAACGCGUCGUUGUCCGCCUCGUUUCUGGCGUCGACUACAAAGGCGUCCUCCAGUGUCUUGAUGGAUACAUGAACAUUGCGAUGGAGCAGACAGAGGAGCACGUAAACGGUGUGAUUACAAACAGAUACGGAGAUGCUUUCAUAAGAGGGAAUAAUGUCCUGUACAUAUCUGCGGGCGAGCCUAUUUGA